AAAUCAAUUGUCAUUCGUCCGCUGUUAUACAAGUUAUUUUUCAGCAUCACCAAUUAUAUUGCAUAGAUCUCCUCCAGGGAUUCAACACGUUAUACAAAUCAAUCUCCUCGUUCGGACCAUCUUUUUUCAAUUCAGAAAGGAACCCUUGACGUCCCCCUUGGAGUACCUUUCUUAACCGUGAGUCUCAAUUACCAAAAAAGCCCACCGGGCAUCUUAUUAGAAGUAGAGAAAAGCAUCAUCAAUCAGUUAUUCAUUUUACUAUCUACCACUACAGAAGAUAAUUAUCGUGUUCGACUUGAAGAAAUCAAUUACAUUUUAUCUAAUAGUUCCAGAUCAGUUCUCCCUCAUUAUUUCGGUAAAUUAUUAAGUUUAGUUUCCAUAAGUUAUACUGAAAACACCACUGAACUUAGUCCAUUAGAACAAAUACUUGAAGACAGUCUAUUAUUUCAUUUGAACGCUUUCCGUGACAUUGGUUUAUAUCAUCCAUAUUUCGAAAAGUUAUUCAACUCAAUCUCGGUUUUAGAUUUUGUUGAAAGAGUUAGAGUCGGACCAGUACUUGGAUUAUACUUCUUCGGAGAGUUCUGCACCUCGUACACUGAAGCAGACAAAGCAAAACUUCUUGUACUUGCUACCAAUAUCACACAAAGAGCUAGCUUUUUCACUGAAAGCUUUGAAUUUGCCCCCUUUUUCGCUGCUACCAUCAGUAACAAAAACUUUCCUCCAGCUGCUAAAUUAUUGGCCGCCAUCACAUUAGAAAGAACCAUUGAUCCUACUUUAAAAUUAAACAUUCUUGAACUUACCACUAAAAGUUUACCUAAUAUGUCUUUCAAAGAAUUAUUGAUCGAGGUAAAUAAGGAUUUGAAGGGUAUUAAUCCUGGAAAUUUGUUGCCUGUCAUGUUAAAAAUAGAUAAAAAGGAAAUCGAUCUGUCAUUGGCUUUGGUAAUUGCAGAGGUUAUUUCACCAGGAUCUACGAACUUGCCAUCUAAUCCUUUGAAAGGUUUGUCUACGUGCAAAUCAUUCCCUGAAUCAUCUGCCAAAGGUGCCCAAUUGCAAACCACAUUUAAGCUUCUUGAUUCUGACCCCGCCAUUAAAAUCGACUGGUUAUUAGUGUUUUCCAAGGCUCAAGAGACCUUAUCUGCAUCGAAGGCUGUAGCUCCAUCAUUCUUAAACAUAAAUCAAUUCAUAGCUGCCAUUGAUUUCCGUCCUGGCUUGUUAGACAUUGCAUUGAGUGUUGAUUGGAGCUUCAGCAACGUCUUGUUGUAUACACUUCUCACGGCUGACCCUAAGCAAGGUUGUUAUGACCUUGGCACAUCUCCUUUCUUGACGAGAGGUUUUGACGAUGUUGAGACUCCAAUUGAAUCUCAAUUGGGUAGAAGAACUCCUAUAGCAUAUAUCAAUGUCGGCCGCUUAGAGUUGAAAGUUGUUAGCCAAUACGCGGCAUCUAAAAAGCCCUUGAAUGAAAAGUCAAUUGACUCCGAAAUCUCCAAAUUGUUCGAUCAUCACUGCCAUACUUUCCCAGAAUACAUGCUUUGCGCAUGUAUCACUUUCGUGAACGAGGGUAACCCAUUCAUCGAAGGGGUUUUGAACAACUUGUUGGACACGUUGCUCACAAAUGAGAGUAAGUUUUUGAGAAAUGUAAUUCAGAAAUUCAAUGAAAGAGAACAAGGCGCUCUUAUGAAUAAGCUUUUCAACUAUUACAACCUCCGCAAGAAUACUGAUGCAAUCUUGACUAUCAGCCGCGCCAUGUUACAACUGAACUUGUUUGAUAGUUUAUUAACCCAGUUCUUGAAUAUCAAUAUCACCAUGGGGUUGAACUUGGCAAUUUGUUCCUCGGUUUUGGACUUUGAUUGUAAACCAUUGAUUGAUUCAUUGUUGAAUGAUCCAAAUAAGAGACCUAUUGUCGUUCAAGCCAUCUUAGAGAUAUUGGAGGUCAAGUCUACAGAAGACACUAACCUCAUUACCAAAACCAAGGUAUUAGGUGUAGCUACUGUAUUUCACUUAUUAGGGAUUCUUACCAGACAUGCUGGAUUCCUUAAUGGUGAGAAAUUGAAGGCAUUACAGUUACAGUUGUUAACCACUUAUCCAAGAUUAAUCAACUUUGGCUGUGGUCACGAUGGUGCUAUUCUUGAAAAUGACAAGGUAUCCAAUGUAUUCCCUGAACCAGUUGAGCAAGAGAUGAAAGCCUAUUAUUCGAAGAUGUACAACAAAGAAUUGGAUAUCAAAGAAAUAGUUGAUAUGUUGAUUAAGUUCAAGUCAAGUGAUAUCCCACACGAUCAAGAUAUCUUCGCUUGUAUGAUCCACUCAUUAUUGGAUGAAUACAGAUUCUUCUCAGAAUAUCCUUUGACUGCCUUGGCUUCCACAUCUUUGUUGUUUGGUGCAUUAUUACAAAAAGAUAUCAUUCAAGGAACUACUUUAACUGUUGCAUUGAAUUUUAUUUGGGAGUCUUGUAAUCAACCACAAGAUUCUCACUUGUUCAAGUUUGCAGUCCAGGCGUUAUACAACUUCAAGUCAAGAUUACACGAGUACCCAAACUACUGUAAGCAUCUAUUGGAGUGUAACUCAUUGUCCGCACAUGCCAAGAUGUACCAGAUAGUCAAGGAUGCGUCAAACGGUAUUCCUUGUGAUGAUCAAUCCUUCAAUGGUAGUAGACCUGAUUCAUCGAACUCCAGUGGACAACCAAUGCUGAUAAACAAAUCAACUGAGGACGGUGGAAUAAAAUAUCAAUCGAUAACUAUCUCCGACCAGAUCAUUGGAAGCAUCCAACAGGAAAAACCCAAUGAAAAUGUUACUGACAGAUUACUUUUCUUUGUUAACAACUUGACUGGCGACAACUUGAAUAGCAAAUUGCCUGAAAUCAAAGACUAUUUGAUUGAGAACUUCUUCUUGUGGUUUGCCGACUAUUUGGUUGCCGAUAGAGCCAAGUCUGAACCUAAUAAUCAUAGAUUAUACUGUGAGCUUGUUCAGGAAUUCGAUGAUCCUAUAUUCUAUGAAUACGUUUUGAGCGUUUCUUUGAGGGAAGUCAGCUUUUUGAUUAGAAACUUCAAGGAUACAUCUCUUGAACGUUCUCAUUUGAAAAACUUGGGAUCGUGGUUAGGUCAGAUUACUUUGGCUUCAGACAAAGCAUUGAAGAGAACUCACAUUGGAGUGAAGUUUUUGUUAGUGGAAGCCUAUGAUUUCAAAACCUUGCCUUACGUUAUUCCUUUUGUUUGCAAAAUCUUAGAUCAAGCCAAAUACUCGAAGAUUUUCAACUUACCCAAUCCCUGGGUACUUGGUAUCAUUAAAGUUUUGGUCGAACUUUAUGAUUGUGCUGACUUGAAAUUGAAUCUGAAGUUUGAGAUUGAAGUCUUAUUAAACUCAUUUAACAUGAAGAUUUCCGAUGUUGAGCCUUCAACAAUUGUAAGAAGCCAUCCACCAAAUCCUGCUGCUUUGGCUGCAAUGUUUGGUAUCCAGCAGAAUGCUAAUCCUUUGGUCAAUGACUUUUCCAAGUUGGCCCUUGAUGGACAAGCUCACCUCCCCCCUGCUCAAUUUCAACCUUCUCAAAUGUCUCAACAUCAAGGUUCCGAAGAUGGUGGAAUUCCAAGCCUUUCGGGCCAAAUUCCACCUCAAGGUUUACCUCAACCCAAACCUCAAGGACAACCAAAGCCAACUGCUGGAGGAUUGGAUACUUCCUUCAGUACUUUAGUUGGUAACACUAUUUUCACCACUAACCCGAACCUUAGAAGGGCUUUCCAAGCUUCGUUAUCAAGAGCUGUGCGAGAAUGUGCUGUUCCAAUCUUGAGUAAGACAAGUGAAUCUGUCAUUACAACAACUGAGGCUUUGAUUAAGAAGGACUUUGCUUACGAGGGAGAUAUCAACAAAUUCCGUAAGAGUUACCAGUCUUUGGCUGUUAAGUUAGCUCAAAGUAUUAUUGGCUCAAGUGGCCGGAAAAUCCUUAUUGAAACAAUACAAGCUUUUAUGGUCAGACUAUUAUCGCAUCAACUCAAUCCUAACGACAUUCCAUUAGGAGAGUUGAGCUCAGCAAUUCAAUCGAAUGUUGAUUUGUGUGUUGACAUUGUAAACAAACUUGCAGUGGGAAACAUCAUUGAACUCAUUGAAGAGAAAAUGAAGUAUAGUGUUCUUGAAAGGGAACAGAACCAACCUGGUCAACGUUUUGUGGAAAAGGAUGCCAACGGUUACGCAUUAAACUUACAACCUCCAUUGGGUUUGAAACCAGAAGGUCUCUUACCAAGUCAAUUGGCUGUUUAUGAGAACUUUAGUGCUUCUAUUGUUCGUCCUGAAGUUGUUUCCCAGCCUCAAGCACCUCCUCAACCUCAAGGAUUGCAAUCUUUGGGUCAACCACAAGCUCCACCUACCAGUGCUCUUUUGCAUCCCCCUCAACAACAGCAACCGGGUGCCCCUGGACUUCCUGUGCCCCAGGAUGAUACUACUGCCAUUACUGAUCAGUUGUUCGCUGCCAUCACUCAAAGUUGUGACAAAGCUAUCCUGAGUCUUGCCGAUAAUUACACUACCACUUUGGCAGAGAUACCUCAAGACCAUGUGAUCAUGCAAUGUAUUACCAAUGUGUUGACGCUCGCACAAGGGAAUGCUUUGAAGUAUCCCGAAUUGUUGCUAAAGGUUGCGCAAUAUGCUGUUAACUGCCUUUUCACUCAAGCUCACGAAAAUCCAAUCAGUAAUGAGAUCUAUGUGGUAAUCUUGGACAAAUUGUGUGAAUAUUCUCCUUCAACUGCGAAGGAUGUGACUUGGUGGUUAGUUCAUUCCUCAGAUCAGAGAAAGUUGAACAUAUCUGUCAUGUACUCUUUAUUGAAGGUGCAGUUGAUCCAACCAACUAAGUUGGAUACAUCGAUCAGUAAAUUGAUCACGGAGACCAAGAAUCCAUUGAUAGUCACCUUUGCAGCUAAUUUGUUGGGAAUCAUAUACACCAGCAAAGAUCCAAGACCUAUUGCUUUGAGAUCAGAGUUUGCAUUGUCGUUAGCCAGCUUAUCCAAAUACGAAGGUGACCAAUCCAUUGAAGGUACCAAAGAAGCUAGAGAAGCUCGCGAUAAACUUUUUGAGCUCUUAAAUGAUAACGCUCUAGUGACUGCCAACAGUGAAAUGUACAGUCAAUUGGGUUAUAUUUUCACCGAAUGGUUCAAGUUAUUGACUCACGGUGACUGCAAUGAAGAAUUAAAGGACGAGUUUGUCAAAGGUUUAUUCAAGACGGAGAUUUUGACAGAUCCGGAACUCUUCAGUAUGUUCUUCAAGUCGGCCAUUGAAGUAUCUAUCACUUCUUUUGCUAUGGAACAUGAUAUUAGAAGUAGAACACAGCAUGAAGCUUUGCUAGUGGUGGAUGCUUUGGCGGCCUUGAUAGUCCAUAUUCUUAUUAAGUUCGACAAGAAUAAUGUUGAAGAUGCCGUCGAGUAUUUCAAAAAUAUUAUGGGUGUGAUUCUCGUUUCAUUUACAAAUGAUCACGAAUCGUCCAAUGGUCAAUGGAGCGAAAGAGCUUACUUCAAGUUCUUUUCGUCUUUGUUGUGUUACUGGAAUGAUGCUUCCAUGAUGCAAGUUGAUGCUACUGUUCAUAUGGAUAUUCAAUUUUUCAACUUUGUUGGUGAUAUCUUCUAUUCUUUGCAACCAAUUAUCUUCCCAGGAUUCACCUUUGCGUGGAUUUCAUUAAUAAGCCACAGAAUGUUCUUACCUAGGGUAUUGGAAUUACCUAAUAAGACGGGACACGGAAUAUUGGUUAAGCUUUUGACACCAUUAUUGAGAUUUGAAUCCAUUUACUCAGUAGAUGAAUCAGUCAACUAUGAUGUGAUUUGUGUUAUUUUUAAAGCCAUCAACCGUAUCUUUGUUGGAUUAUUCCAUGACUAUCCUGAUUUUUUCAGCGAAAACUACUUGCAGUUAUUAGCUUGCAUUCCUGCCAGCUACAUCCAAUUGAGAAAUAUUGUGUUGAGCGCAACUCCAAAGGGAAUCACCUUAGAGAACCCGUUCAAACGGGGAUUGAAGGUUGAGAGAAUUAGCGACAUGAAGAAAGCUCCUAUCAUCUUUUUGGACCCAACUGAAGAUAUCGUCAAACUGGGAUUGAGGAGACCAGUGGACAACUAUUUGAGAAUUCCUGGUCCUGGGUUGAUCAAGGCUGUUUACAACGGAUUGAAAUUGAGUAAACCUAAACAAGUUAAAGAGUUUGAGUUUGAUUCUGUUAACUACAACGUCGGUCUUAUCAACUCGUUGGUUUUAUACGUAACUUUGUCAGAAGGUCAAGAAAAUGGGGGUGCUUUCCAACCUAAGGAUGCGCAUGUGUCUAUAUUCUUUGACUUGUUGAGCAUCGGAUCUACUGAGUUUAAGUUCCACCUCAUUAACGCUUUGGCGAAUCAGUUAAGGUAUCCUAACACCCACACAAACUGGCUGGUGGGAUUAUUUUUACACUUCUUCAACGCAAAGACCUGGAGCAACAGUGAAAGCAGGAUCACAGUUCAAGAGCUUAUCACCAGAGUGUUGCUCGAAAGACAUGUGGUGAACAAACCACAUCAAUGGGGAUUGACGAUUUUGCUCACAGAGUUGAUCAAGAACGAUACCUACAACUUUUUUGAGUUGCCGUUUGUCAAGAAUUCGCCACCCGAAAUCAAAUUGGUAUUUGAUUCAUUGUACACAAACAUCACUACCACCCCAUAAUAAGAAACCAGUUUAUGCUGGCUGUAAAUUAGCUAUGUAGAAUAUUACUAAAAUAUAUCUUUCUUUUCAAACUCGGUCGUGUGAUUCGAAUACCAAUAUUUUGGUUUCUCACAAAUCGAUCGAAUUUGAAAAACCGCAAAUUCCACCAGUGUAGGUUC